GGGCUGUAUGUAUGUAUUUGUAUAGUAGGCUCAUUAUGUAAUGCUUACCUAGUGUACUUAGUUACCUGAAAUUCAACAGGCAAAAAAAUACGGAGCAAAAAAUUCUAGAUCUAAUCGGCACGCUAGUUUAGGUUUAGCGCGUUCGCCCCUCCAUUGAAACUGCCACUUUCACUUUCGUCCUGCCCAAAUUUUUGAGAGUCUCCGCCAGGAAAAUCUGCCCCUCAUUACUUGUCGCAAAAGCCGUCUUCUUCCUCCUCUACUUAACGGCCUUCCAUCGUUCAUCCUUCGACGAUCACAUCUUCUCCUUUCCUAUCCUUCAUCAGAUUCUUCUACUCCUACCGCCAACAUGAUUAUUUUCAGGGACGCCCUCACUGACAGCAAGGAUGAGCUCCUCUCCGACUCCUUCAAGCUGAAGGAGGUUGACGGAAUCGCCUACGAAGCUGACUGCGCUAUGAUUGAAAUCGGUGCCGUCGAUGUCGACACUGGCGCCAACGCCUCUGCCGAGGACGCUGAUGAAGGUGUUGACGACUCUGCCCAGAAGGUCAACAACAUCAUCCACUCCUUCCGCCUCCAGCCUACCAGCUUCGACAAGGCCUCGUAUCUCUCGUACCUAAAGGGUUACAUGAAGAAGCUUGCCAAGCACAUCAAGGACAAGGGUGCUUCUGACGAGGAGGUCAAGGAUUUUCAGACUAAGGCCCAGGCCUUCGCAAAGAAGAUUGUCAGCAACUUCAAGGACUACGAGUUCUACACUGGUGAGAGCAUGGAUGUUGACGGAAUGGUUGUUCUUCUCAACUACCGUGAUGAUGGUGUUACCCCCUAUGUCACCAUCUGGAAGCACGGUCUGGAUGAGAUGAAGGUUUAAGAGCCUACCUAAUGAUUGUGGCUGAACUUGUUAACGAAUACCAUACACGAAUCAACCCAGACGACCUGACGCUUCUUUUCUAUGUCUAUAAAAACCCCAAUUUAGGCAUAUUACAUAGAUUCGUUCUCU